AUGCAUGCCCCCUGCUCGCGCGCCGCAGCGCUGGCGGCCGGACUGGCACUGGCAGCGGGACUGGCGGGGGUUCCGGCGCUGGGACCGGAGUUGCUCCACAACUUCAACCUCUCCAGUGUCUCGCUGCUUGGGGAUGAGACCUCAGUGCUGGUGGCCCAUGUCCAAAGCGCCGAGGCGUGGGAACUGCACUUGUCUCGCCACACCCGGAAUGGUCUCGAGUGGAAUCACUCCGAGGAGACAUCCACCUUCAUCGCCUCCUUGUCGGGUCCGCUGGUGGGAACGGCCAUUGCACGAGCGACCAGUGCGUUGCUCCUGGCAUAUGCCGAGGAGGGACAGGUGCAGCUCCAUGCGCUGUCGCACGGAGGAGCUACCUCCUCCACGGCCGUGGCGGCGAAUGCUACGGCGGUGCAGCUGGAAAUCCAUGAGGAGCUGGCCGUGCUUUCCAUGCUCGAAACUGGUCUGGGGCGUCUUUCCGCGUGCAGCGUUGAGACGCAGGCGGCCUCAGUGAAUGUGAUUGCUUGCGCUGAGGGGCCUGAGGCCACAAGCUUUCGCUCCAUCUCCUUGACCAGCGCAGGGUUGGUCGUCUUCUACGUCUCGCCAAAUGGUGAGCUUCGAGUUUCUUCACUGGUUGUUUCACCCUUCCAAGUUUCUUGGACCUCGAGUUCUUCUGUCUUGAGCGCCGAGGCAGCAGGCGUCGGACGGCGAGUGCUGUGGGUGGAGCAGCUGCUCUCAGGGGACUUCGGCGCAUUGCUGCAGGAGUCGCCAGAUGGCCCUGCUCGCUUGGUGCUUGGACGCUUUCAGGGCACUCAGCUCCAAGUGGUGAUGGUUGCAGCUUUGCCAGACCCUGACUUGGAGCGCUUCGCUCAAGCACCCAGCGGCGCGCUGCUUUUGGCUUCACGUGCCGGUGUGCGCUUCGCAGUGCAGGGUCAAGCCAGCUUGACUGUGGGUCCAGCCAUAGCCGUCGAUGCACUCUAUGUGCAGAGUGUGAAGUCUCAAGGCUUGCACACUGAAGCUAUUCUGGCGACCGCCACCUCUCUACGGCUGGUGGCAGACUAUCCUUGCCGGCUGCCGCCGACCACGGCCCGCUAUGAGACUGGCGAUUGCGCUGGGAUCUUAGAGGCCUCUCGGUGUCACCUUGCCUGUGACCAGGCUGCAGUGCCAGAAGAUGGUUUCGCUGUUCCACAGGCCGUGUGCCCUGAAGAGGCGGGGCUCUUUCAGUUGCGUGGAUGCAGUGCUCCCCGGUGCUAUUUGCCUGCAGAGGUGGCCAUCGAGUUUGAUGUGGCUGACUGCAGCACUGUGGCUGGAGCAUUCAGUGAAGAGGAGUGUUUAUUGCGUUGCAGAUCUGGACAGAGUGCUGCCUCCAAAGCCCUUUGUGCUGAGCACUUGGGCACCUUCCAACUCUCCGGCUGUGAAGAGGUGCGCUGCAAGUUGCCAGCCGAGACCACAGGGUAUGAUGUCUCCCAAUGUGAUGCAGUGGACAAGACGGUGCCUUUGUAUCAAUGCCAAGUCUCCUGUGCUCCAGGCUACGUGGCAGAGGUUCAUGUGGAGGUCUUCUGUGACGAGGGCAGUACCGACUUCCGGUUGGGCGGGUGGCGUUUUGCACUGCACCAGAGGGCAUUGAGCAUGCGCUGGAUCCAACGUGUGCAGAGGGCCGGGUUUUGGAACAUGGCACCUACUGUAGCCCUCAGUGUGGUGCGGGAUUUACUGCCUUGGUGGCCUUGGAUGUGGAGCUUCAGGCCAAUGCUCCUGAGGGUCCUCCCCGCUUGCGCUGCAUGGACAGCCUCAUGCAUCCUGCGCACUUCACCUGCGCCCCGGACGUUUGCGCGGCUCCCACGGGAGUCGAAGGUGGAGGAGUCCCUGCUUGUGAGGAAGGAUUUAUCAUUGGCAGUGGAGCAGUUUGCACCACGGCAUGUCAACCAGGCUAUGGUGCAACUCCAGAGAAACUUCAAUGCAAUGCAGCAGUGCUGAGUCCUUCCUCUUUCUCUUGCUUACCACAAGACUGCCGAGCACCAGGUGGGUGAACCCACGUGGAUCUUCGCCUUUGAAACCGCGUCCCAACGACUCCGUUGGUGCUUCGAUUGGUUCCCAUCGAUUCGCG